AUGGACUCGGUUUGGACCACCACGGUUCUCCUGGUGCCAUGUGCAGUCGUGCUCACAGCUGGAUUUUUCUACCUCUAUAGCUUCAUUACAGGUCUGCUGUCCAAAACGUCAGUUCGCAAUAAAGUGGUGGUUAUAACCAACGCUUUAUCCGGGCUUGGAAAAGAAUGUGCAGGUGUGUUUCACAAAGGAGGAGCGAGGCUGAUCCUCUGUGGGAAGAGUUGGGAGAAUCUUGAAGAACUGGCCGAUGAUUUGGCGAACGCCUCAGACCCAACUUUGACGUUUCCUGCUAAACUGGUGCUGCUGGACUUUGGAGACAUGGACAGCAUGCCCGAGGUUAUCUCUGAGAUCCUGGAGUGUUACGGCUGCCUGGACAUCCUCAUCUUCAACAGCAGCAUGAAGGUCAAAGCUCCGGCACAGAGUGUGUCUCUGGAGAUGGACAGGUUACUGAUGGACAACAACUACUUUGGACCGGCCACGCUGGCCAAAGGUUUGCUGCCCUCAAUGAUCUCAAGGAGAACCGGUCACCUGCUCCUCGUCAACAGCAUCCAGGGGAAAAUAGCUGUGCCUUUUCGCACCGCAUACGCAGCGUCUAAACACGCGGUCCUGGCCUUCUUUGACUGCCUGAGAGCUGAAGUGGAAGAGUUCGGCAUCUCCAUCAGCACCAUCAACCACACCUUCAUCAGCCGCUCCUCCUCUUCCGACAUCACAGAGGCCUCCAAAUCCAUCUGGUCAUUGUUGUACACCAAGAAACCUCUCGGUGUUUCUCCGGAUGAGGCGACGACUGAGAUCGUGAAGACUUUGAGCAACAAGAGGAGGGAGGUGAUGAUCGCUCCCUCGCUGCCGAAGGUGGCGCUCUACACCAGGUCCUUCUUCCCCAACAUAUUCUUCGCUGUCAUGGCUGCAGGAGUGAAGAGCGCAGCAGCCGAAGAAAACAUGUAG